AUGACGCAUAUUCAUAUUGCAGGGAACGUUAGCUUUAAUGGGCUAAUCUACCCACGAAGUGGGGGCGGGGACAAGAAUACAAAACUGUGUUUUGAGGUCCUUGAGGGAGGUGCCACUUUGAUUACAAGACUUCUUAGUGAACCAGGAUUUAAAAAGCAACACAAUUGCACUGUUGAUGGACCAAAUGUUGAAAAGGCUUGCCAAGGACACCCCCCGGAUGGCAGUGGGGUUAACCAUUCCAAUAAAUCACCAAAUGCUGGCUCGUCCUCCGAAGUCUCUUCUCAUACUACACCUGGGCAAUCAUCCGAGCAAGGAAAGCAUAAAAAGGGUGCCACCACUCCUACACAGGCAGAUAAGCCCGGUUCUGGCGGGACCAGCUAUUCCAGUGAAAAUCUGAAUUCAGACUCGUCCUCUGAAGUCUCUCCUCAUACUACACCUGGGCAAUUAUCUGAGCAAGACGGGUGUGAGAAGGGUACCACCAAUUCUACGCAGACAGAUAAACCCAGUUCCGGCGGGGCCAGCCAUUCCAGUAAAUCACCAAAUACAGGCUCGUCUUCUGGAGUCUCUCCUCAUACUGCACCUGGGCAAGCAUCUGAGCAAGGCGAGCGUACGAUUGACGAUGCUGCAAUGCGAGAUGGGACAGAAUCCCGACGUCUAUCGCAGGCUGACGUGUUCUACUGCAUGUCAUGCAGUGUUCCUAAUGCAUCUGCCGGUGAUGGUUUGAUGAAUGCAAUCCUGGACUUGCAAGCACAAAAGUCUGAGUCUGCGGCUGUUCAACACUACAAAGUGGAGCAACUUCGCAAAUUCGAUUCCAAUCCUACAUGGUAUGAAUCAAUAUCGUCUGGUGAAGCGGAAACGAUAGUGAUGGAAGGUCCGACCUCAACAGAACCGAAUAUCCGAAAAUGUACUGAAUGGCUUGCAAGAGCACAGUGCAAGAAAUUAAUUUUCAAGAUGACUCGGCCUCUCGCUCGUGGGGCAAUAUGGGAUCAUAUUCGACGGCGCACGAAGGAAUUGUUUGUCAUAGUGGAUGCGAAUGACCUCCGCGCAGAAGGCCUUGACAUCAGUCGCCACUUAUCAUGGGAAAGCACGGCACAGACCUUCGUGAAAUAUGCUGCGUCAACUCGUUGGUUGCACUCCCUUAUAUACUGUCCACAUUUAAUCGUCCUUUUUGGUUGUGAGGGUGUGAUACAUUGCAAGGAGGGUCAAGAAAGCACGCUAUACUUUGAUCCAAAGAAUGCGGAAGGUGACUUUGCAUCGCGUCACUCAAAGGGAAUAGUGGACGUUACCGGAGCGUUCAUUGCGGGACUCGCUUCAUCGAUAUCAGAUUCGUCGGUGGCGAGUAAAACAGAAAUUGAUGGUAUUUUGCCAAGCGCUAUAAGGCAAGGGUUAACAAGUGCUCGCCGACUUGUUGAAGAGGGUUUUAUUUCUUACAAAAAUAGCACCCCAGAUUAUCCAGUCGAGCAAGUGACGGCAAAGAGAGAACAGAAUCACACAAUAAGCUCCAUCCGUAUUCCGAAGGAGGACAGUAAACCUAAUUCCUGGUCGAUAUUCCUCAACUUAAUGGGCGACACAACGGAAAUUGCUCGGUUUAUUGUUCGAAACGGCCCAGGAGUUGUAUUGAGCAGAGUUCAAACAGCGCAAUUCGGCCAGUUAAUAACAGCCGACAGACAGGAAAUGGAAGGGUUCCGUGCUAUCACUAAUCUCGUCGAAGAAUAUAUAAACGGAAGCAAAAUUGAACCGUUAUCAAUAGGGGUAUUUGGGCCUCCAGGUUGUGGAAAGUCGUUUGCCUUAACGGAAGUAAUCACGGGAGGUCCUCAUCCAGCAAAAGUUGAAAAAAAGCAUUUCAAUAUCUCCCAAUUCCAGCAGUAUUCCGACUUACUGUCUGCAUUUCAGGAAAUCCGAGAUGUGGUACUAUCUGGAAAAAUCCCAAUGGCUCUCUUCGACGAGUUCGAUACCUCUUUUGGCACAACAAAACUCGGGUGGCUGCGAUAUUUUCUCGCCCCCAUGCAGGACGGCCGGUUUCUGGACCAGGGCCAGACACACCCGCUUGGGCGCUCAAUUUUCGUUUUCAUGGGGGGUACUUCAGCAACGUUCGCUGAUUUUGUAAAGAGUACAGGUUCAGUCGAUCAACCCGGCGAGGCUCCAAAUCCAAAGACAAGGAAAUGUUCGGAAACGCAACAUUUCAAAUCAGUCAAAGGUCCAGAUUUUGUGAGCCGGUUACGCGGGUAUGUCGAUAUUCGUGGUCCAGACCGACUUAACAACCUUGACCGGAUGUAUUCCAUACGACGGGCUAUUCUGCUCCGGGCGUUGCUUGAACGGCGCAUGAAUAUGUCAAGUCAACAUCUUCAUGUUGAUGAUACCGUUUUGGCGGGACUUCUCAAAGUGCCUGAGUUCAAUCAUGGUGCUCGCUCACUAGAAGCGAUACUUGAUAUGAGCAGAGUCUCAGGACGCAGAGAGUUUGAACGCGCAGCACUCCCUUCAGAGCAUCAACUAUGCUUACAUGUGAAGUCAGAAGUUUUCAUGGAUUUGGUAAGAACCAAGGACGGACUGCCGGAUCCCCUGCAUGAGAAUGUCUCCAGAAAAAUAAAAGAGAGACUCAGUUCUCUGAGAAUCAAUAACGAUUACUCAAACUGGGGAAAGGAAAUACUGGCUUCAUACGAUACGCACACUGCAGCAGAUGAUAUCGUACGCAAACUACGCUCGAUUAACUGUUACAUUGUUCCAAAGCCUUCCUAUCCUGAAGAGUCACUGCCUUCUAGCCCCGAACCACAGCUCAAGGACGACGAAAAAGAUCGACUAGCCCGCGAGGAUUAUGAGCGUUAUCUAAUGGAAAUCUCAAACAACCAGGAGUCAAGAAACACCGACAGAGGAACAAAGCCCGUAUCAUGGGAGGAAGAAAGAGAAGAUGUGAAGACGAUAUUUCAUGAGUUAAUCGAAUCUAUCUUGGAUAUUAUGAAGGAAUGCGACUGCUGUGUCUAUUCAUUGAAGUUUGGAGCGCCAAUCGCGUCCAAGUGCGUACCGAUCUGA